GAUUUCAGACUCACUGUCAUUUUAACUUCCUUCCUGCCUUUUGUACAUUAAACAAACAUACGGCUCUGACGCGGGGUGUCGAACAGCUCGUGAUACACAGAAACACAGUUACAUUGCUUUAAAUCGGCGAAAGAACUCUUGGAAUGUAACAGCAGCGGAGCAGCUCAAGUUAUUCUGCUCCGGGUCUCUCCUUCACGAAUCCGCGCCUCAGAGACAAUUUAAACAACAGCGUCUGCAACAAGGAGACUUGUUGCACUCUGCUAAAGUAUAAACCAGUAGUGGAUAUAAUUUGUGAAUGAGGAAAGGAGUCUGGGAUUGUAGUUUAUUCUACGUGUCAGCUUUCCUUGGUUACUAUUAACAAUGGUUGGCUCAAAAGGCCAAUGGACUUUGGAUGAGUAGACCUAAAUGGGAGCAAAAACGGACAGAGUCAGUCUGCCACUAUGGCAGCUUGUGCUCUGAACAGCCUGAUAAUGAUGAACCCCAACAACCUGACCAAUAAGGGCAGCCCUCGGACAGCAAGGCCUGUGCUCCCAGUGCCCAGUCAUUCUACAUUUAGCCCGGUGCUGGGGGGCAAUGGAGGUCCCUUUAGCCCUGGCAACCUGAGCCCUGGGUCAACAGGAAAAUGCUUUGGUUUCCCAACAGGUAGCGGUUCCAGUUGCCAAAGGACACAUUCACCAUGUCGACGGCCAGAAUUGCUGGGCGUGCAUGUGGGAAGUCGUGUACGAAGACUGAGUGGGUCCGGCCUGGAGGACGAGCAGGAGAAUGAAGAACGGCGUGCCGCUCAUCAACUUGAGCGUCACAUAGAACUGCAGGACGUGGAGGUGAACAAGAAGGUGGACCUGUUUGAGGCCCAAAUAUCGGCUCAUAGAAGCCCACAGAUUUCUAGGAAAACUCCCCUGAAUUCUGUCCCUGUCCAACGUGCCAAUCUCUCCUUAAACCCAGAGGAAACACUUGUGACGCAGUACAAGGAUCACUCAACAGGGAUCCCCAAAGAAGUGCAAAAUGGAAAGCGCUUCUCCGGCAUGGAGGAGGGGCUGCAGGUCAGCGGUGAAGAGAAGGACAGGGCUGACCCAAAUACAGAAGAGGGUGGCUCACUUGAGAGCACAUCAGCAGGAACUAAGAGCAUAGCUGACAGACCUACUUCCAAUCACUCAAGGACUUCAUCAGAGGCCAAUAAGUGCUCAGCAUUUUGGACUGAGACAUGUUUGACAAAGGUGGUAGUUGAGCCAAAAGAAACCCAGGCAGAGCCUGACAGGGUCAGUCCUGAGGUGGGCUGCAUCCCUGCUGUCAUUAUUACGGACCACGGCAUGGAGGUCAGCGGGGAGGGCAAGGAGCCCCAGGUUAGUCCUCAACCUUACAGAGCCUUGAGGAAGCUCUCCUCUUCUUCAGCCUCGUCAACGGGAUUCUCCUCUUCCUGGGAGGAAUCAGAGGAUGACAUUUCCAGCGACACAGAGCGGUCCCCAGCCUUCCUGCAGACACAACAGAAAGCGCAUAAAUCAUGGAAGAAGAUCAAGAAUAUGGUGCAUUGGUCACCAUUUGUGAUGUCCUUCAAGAAGAAGUACCCUUGGAUCCAGCUGGCAGGCCAUGCAGGCAAUUUCAAGGCAGGGGCCAAUGGUCGCAUCCUGAAGAAACACUGUGAGUGUGAGCAGCAAUGUCUCGAUAGGCUUAUGAAAGAUGUGCUAAAGCCCUACGUUCCUGCUUACCACGGAGAUGUAGAAAAGGAUGGAGAGCGUUACAAUCAGAUGGAGGACUUACUGGCAGACUUUGACCUACCCUGUGUCAUGGACUGCAAGAUGGGCGUCAGGACAUAUUUGGAAGAAGAACUGACGAAAGCCAGGAAGAAGCCCAGCUUGAGAGCUGACAUGUACCAAAAGAUGAUCGAGGUGGACCCCGAUGCACCCACGGCACUGGAGCAUGACCAGAAAGCAGUCACUAAGCCACGCUACAUGCAGUGGAGGGAAACCAUCAGCUCCACCGCCACGCUAGGCUUCCGGAUCGAGGGCAUCAAGAAUGAGGAUGGAACAGUAAACAGGGACUUUAAAAAGACUAAGACCCGAGAACAAGUGACUGAGGCCUUCCAAGACUUCGUCAAAGGAAACAAAAACAUUCUGCAUUCCUAUCUGAACCGACUAAAAGAGAUCAGGGACACUUUGGAAAUUUCACGGUUUUUCAAAACGCACGAGGUGAUUGGCAGUUCUCUGCUUUUCGUCCAUGACCAACGGGAGCAGGCAAAAGUGUGGAUGAUAGACUUUGGGAAGACUACUCCAUUGCCAGAGGGGGAGGAGCUGAGCCACAGUGCCACCUGGGUGGAGGGUAACAGAGAAGAUGGCUACCUCUACGGCCUAGACCACCUCAUAGACAUUAUUUCUAAUAUGCUAGCUCCUAAAUCUCCACUAGAGUAAAAGGAUUCCAUCUUCUACACUACAGUUCAAGACCCAAUCCUAACUGAUCGCCCUGUCUCGCCAAAAAAGAAAACUGUUCAAACAAAGUUAAAACAAAAAUGCCAGCCGCGAUGGCCUUUAAAACGAGUGUGCACGUUUGUAAACUUGUAGAUGCUGUAUAUAUAGUGUAAAUGCCAGUGUUUUAGUUCAGAACAUGUGUGAAUAGGAUUUUUGCAGCUGGCGCUUUAACAGACAUGUGAAUCUUAAAGCCACACUCUCUUAACGUGCGUUCUUUUCAACAUGCUAGUGUUACGGAAACUGUAACUUACAGCUAUGUUUUACUCAAUGUGUUUGGUUUAAUAUUUAGGUUUCUUUUUAUUUUAGUCUACACAAAUACCAUUUUUAUUUGAAACAAAAAU